AUGGAGGAGCAACCGCUAGCAACCUACGCUGGCCCGCGUUUCCAGCGCAAAUACGGUCGUGGUUAUCGAUUCCUCGGCGAGGAUUUGACAAACCUCGGUUUUCGCGAGUUCGGCAAAGUGACGGUUGACUGUCGCUUUCGCCAGUCCGAGGCUAGAUGGGGAGUUUUGGGCGACCGAGCAAGUCCUGCGGGGAUUAUCUACAUGGAUCUCACCUUCAAUCAGCCGAAUGGCUGUCAGUUGGAAAAUGCAACCGUCAGCAUCACUCUCCACGAAGAAGAGGCUCUGGAACUCGGCGAUCGGAAGACACGGUUCAACCGUCGUGCGAUUCCCUCCAAUGCGCUCAAUAUCACCGAUAGUUACGGACCCAAGCACAUCAGCGGCGAGCCCACACUUGUCCCCGUGAAGCGAACAUUCCAUGGUACGCCUCAAUUCACAGUCCUAGGCGCAGGCGGUGGAGGCUUGGGCGUUGACCAGGAGAAAACUUUCAACCACACGAGUCGGUGGAUGUUUACAGGGCAACUUGUCCCAGGAAAAGAAGGACGGGGGACUGGCACGACCUACCGGACAUUGAAGUGGGAAUUGACAGAGAACGAGCUGGAGCGGCAAAGUGUUCAUAGCAACCCGAUCCAUACGGCCUUUGCGUUCCAGCACGAGCGGAAGCCGUUCUACAUGCAGGUGGAAAUCCAAGGGAAACUGCGCAAGUCGUUUCGCAAUAUCAAAGAAAAAACCAACGAAGUCUUCAGAUCGUUAAAGUUCCCUCCAGAUGCGAAGCAAGACCAGGGUUCGUCUUUGACUCUUGUGAACGUGAAUCAACCGGACAGUUCUCAGCGUCGUUUGGAUACUUGGGCUCAGGGUCUGCCGAUUGAAAUGGCAAGACGGAAUUAUCUGGAGAUGGCGAUCGAGCUUCCAAGUGUAUUCAAAGCGAAGAUGGAUGAAGCUCCCGUUCCGACAAGCACCGAGAUAGCUCAGAACAAUCUCCCUGAAACUAAAACGAGCGCAAUCCCUGAUGCGCCGCCUGCUGCUCCUUCGGCUGGAAAUCUCGCAACAACAGACGGUGGAGCAGCUCAAAAUAUCAUCAACCUUUCUCGGGCCGUCGAGAGAUUCACUUUCCCGCAAGAGACGCUCCUGUCCAACUGUGACAUUCCAGCUGUGGCACCUCCUAUCAAGCUCACGGGCAUUGCAGAGAGUCAGGCGCAGCAGCCAACCGCAAUUCCAAGGGGAAACCCAGUUGAUGUGCAGGUUGACUUGGUUCGCCUGGCUCAGUACCCUAUACUAGUCGCAUUCGUCCAGAUGUUAGCCAGUUUCUUGGAUCUGUUCCCAUUGAAGUCAUCGAGGCGACUCCAACAGGCUGCAUCGCCGCUCUUGAGCUAA